AUGGGCAACCGCAAGAAGCGUAAUCAUGUGAUUCGGGGUUCCAAGAAGAAACGAAAGGUUGUUUGCACUUGGCAGCGAGCUCGAGUCGAGAUUGGGGAAAUUUGUCCUAGGGCUGCUCUGUCAAUUCAGAAAACAUCUCAGUUAGUAGGGACAGUGAUAGCAGCCUCAGUCUACUUUGGAACAGCAUGGUUUCUUCUCGAGUCAAUUGAGAACAUAUGCGACACGGAUAAACUUCCAGCCGACAGCCCAUGGACAUGCCCGGGCGACGACGUCUUCUACAACGCGUCCAUCAUAUGGGGACUCGUCGGCCCGGUGCGAAUGUUCGGGAAACUAGGUCUCUACUCUGCUUUGAACUACUUCUUCAUUGCCGGCUUCUUGCUGCCCGUUCCUUUCUGGUGGCUUUCUCGUGCCUUCCCCAAUCAGAAGCUGCUCAAGUAUGUCCACAUACCGGUCAUUCUCGGAGGCGCCGGCGGCAUCCCCCCCGCGCACACGGUUAACUAUAUCACGUGGGGCGCCGUGGGCAUCUUCUUCAACUACUACAUUUACAAGAAAUACAAGGAAUGGUGGGCGAGGCACACGUACGUGAUGUCGGCCGCUCUGGAUGCCGGCAUUGCUUUCAUGGGAGUUCUCAUCUUUUUCUGCUUGCAGUACCAUGACAUCAGUGGAAUAGAUUGGGUGGGAGGGGAAGCAAGUGACUUCUGCCCACUUGCAGGUUGCCCUACUGCCCCAGGAGUGGUAGCCAAAGGAUGCCCAGUAAAAGCAUGAUAGAUGAUUACUAUUUCCUAUUGAUUUUAUCUUAUUUGGUGAUAAGCUUUGCAAGGUUCAUUGUUUUAGUAA